CCCCAAGUUGGGGAUUUUCUCUCGUCGAGGGUUUCCUAACUUAAAUAUUGAUUUUUGCCCACCCCUCGAGUCCAUCGCUGAAACCGUGCGAGUGUGAGAAAAUGUCAUCAUUGGUGGUGGUGUUGGUAAAAUUGUGAAAAUGGGUGGAAAAGUGUCGAUGGACCGGCGGUGGAAAAUCAAUUACGGGUGGUAAUAUGUGUAAAGUGGCACCGUCACCGAAGACAUGCUGGAAAUUAGGGAGAAUCAAGUGCGAAUUGUUGUGCUGCUGACAUGAUGAUGCGAAAAGGGCUGUGAGUGACGACGAACGUCAAAAUGCAGAAGGAAAAUACGAACCCUUCGCCGGAGAUACACCAGUACGUGGGGCCCUACAGGCUGGAGAAGACCCUCGGCAAGGGGCAAACCGGUCUUGUCAAACUGGGAGUAAACUGCGUGACCGGAAAAAAGGUCGCAAUCAAAAUAAUCAACCGUGAAAAACUCAGCGAAAGCGUCUUGAUGAAAGUAGAACGUGAAAUAGCCAUAAUGAAACUUAUCGACCACCCCCACGUCUUGGGCUUGACCGACGUUUACGAAAACAAGAAAUAUUUGUACCUAGUUUUAGAGCACGUUUCCGGGGGCGAACUUUUCGACUAUCUAGUGAAAAAAGGUAGACUAACUCCAAAGGAGGCGAGGAGGUUUUUCCGCCAGAUCAUUUCCGCCCUUGACUUCUGCCACAGCCACUCGAUUUGUCAUCGGGACCUCAAACCGGAAAAUCUCCUCCUCGACGAGAAAAAUAAUAUCAAAAUUGCCGAUUUUGGAAUGGCGUCGUUGCAGCCAAUGGGGUCCAUGUUGGAGACAAGUUGUGGGUCCCCCCAUUAUGCCUGUCCCGAGGUGAUUCGGGGGGAGAAGUAUGACGGGAGGAAGGCCGAUGUGUGGUCUUGUGGGGUUAUACUCUAUGCCCUUCUAGUGGGGGCUUUGCCCUUCGAUGAUGAUAAUUUAAGACAAUUGUUGGAAAAAGUGAAAAGGGGGGUGUUUCACAUACCCCAUUUUGUACCACCCGACUGUCAGAGUCUUCUAAGGGGGAUGAUUGAAGUUAACCCGGAGAAAAGACUAACGCUUUCUGAGAUCAAUAAGCACCCAUGGGUGACAGCAGGCGGUAAAGGUGAGCUCGAACUCGAAUUGCCCAUGAUGGAAGUGGUCCAAACCCAUGUUUUACCAUCAAUUGAAGCCGUCGAUCCUGACGUUUUACAAGCUAUUUGUAGUCUCGGUUGUUUCAAAGAAAAAGAAAAAUUGAUUCAACACCUACUAAGUCCAAACCACAAUACUGAAAAAGUAAUUUAUUUUCUUCUCUUGGAGCGCAAGCGGCGUCGUCCGGCAUACGAGGACGACACCGAAUCAAUCCUGAGGAUGCGCGUAUCCGAAACGUCGGAUCCUCCAAAAAAGCGCAUUGACACGUGUCGUGUCAACGGCCAAAGUGGCCUCCAAUUCGGCCAAAUCAGCGAGGGGUCCCCCUUGACCCCCCGGCGCUCCCACUACAAGCGCCACCACGCGAGACGCAGCCCCUCGACCGGAAGCACUCACAGUAGUCUCGGGAUUCACUCCCCCACUCGAUCAUCGGGCGCCUCGAGCCCAAUUAUGUUCAAUAGUACGACCACGCCCCUCAACACACACUCUGGAAUGUCAUCACCGGUGCAACGCGCCCAUCGCUCAUCCAACACCCACGUGACGGUAACUCCACCCCCGGCCACGCCUACACACCAUCGGGCCAAUAGCAGUGGCGGAACGGCAACGUCCUCCGUAUUGACGUCACCGGAAAGUGAUAGUUUGGGGGUGGGGCCACCGUCGAUUCUCACAGCGAUGACUCCGCCCGGUUCACCACAUUCAACGGCGACGAGUCACCACUGGCGGUCUAGGCUUACUACGAUCAAGAAUAGUUUUCUGGGAUCGCCGAGGUUUCAUCGCAGGAAAUUGCAAACAUCAUCAGAGGAAGUGCAUUUGACACCGGAGUCGUCGCCAGAGUUGACGAAAAAAUCCUGGUUUGGGAGUCUGAUGACGACUGAAAAGGACGAAACGUUCACGAUUUUAGUCAAGGGGAAGCCACUAGCGACGGUCAAGGCCGACCUAAUCCACGCAUUUUUGUCGAUAGCCGAACUGAGCCACUCCGUAUCGAGUCCAAUGUCAUUCCGUGUGGAAUACAAGCGGGGAACCACCGGUCCCGCCAUGUUCCAACGCCACGUCCGAUUCCAAGUCGAUAUUUCAACAAUAACAAAACAAGUUGGUGACAAUGCAAAAGAACACCUCUACGCCAUCACUUUCACUCUCUUAUCAGGAAACAUCCGGCGUUUCCGGCGCGUCUGUGAACACAUCCAGGCGCAAGUGUGCACCCGGAGACCUCCCCCCAGCCCCCGCGCCCAACGCAAAUUCACCACCGAGCUGUCGGAGAGUUCGAGUUGUGGCUCCGAUUCCAGCGAGCUGUAUCUCAACGCCCGACAAUUGAAUGUUUUACAACUAGAAGGGAGCGAUUUGGAGAGCGAAUGUAGUGUUUUUGAUGUGCGCACUGCCGUGAGGGAGGUCUCAAGGAGGGCCUCCACCAAUAAUAACACGGAAGGGUGCGAACAAAAUACUCCGGGGACUCCCAAAGCCGUUCGGUCGAAUUCGGAAAAUACGGAUUCGUGCGAGAAAACUUGUAUUACGACCAUGUCGGGGAGCUCUAUAGCGUAAUUGAGGGCAGGGGUGGCCAACGACUGCUUUAUUAUUAUUAUUAUCAGGCCACUGGUAUUGUUAUUAUUAAAAAAAAAAAACACUAUUUAGCGGAUUUCAGCAGAAAUAUGUCGACUCAAAAAAUAUAGUAUCAAUUUUUUGUCCAAAAAUGACUUAAGUUGGCAAUGCCGCCAUUUUGCCACUACUGUUGCGCCUUCUAGUCACUUUUGUUCUCUUUCGGCGAAUUGUUAUAACGUUGCUUUUGUAAAUAUGCUGAAAGCUUAUGUGAUUUUGGAUAUCGUUCAGUGUAGUUGUAUAAAUUGUUAAAAAAUGAAAAAUAAAUGUCAAAAACUAACCCCAAAAAGUGCGUAGUUAGGUGAAAUUAAAGAAACUAAGACAUUCUGUAUAUAACUACACUAUACUCAAGCUGAGUCAUAUUUCCCCGUUUCAGAAUCAACCAAUACGACUUAUAUAUAAAAAAUUGUAUUUAGAGAAAUUGCCGGCCAUAUUGUCAACUAAUAUUUAGGAUAGGUGAUAACAUUUCAAGUCAUUUCGAUUUUUAUGUAUCGACAUAUCAGGAGCUCAAUAUUUGUUAUGUUGUGACAGUUUGAACGGGGACACUUUGUACCUUUGUAAAUAAAUUCAAUUCUCGUGUAAAUUCAUUUAAAAACUCAUUUUUCUAUUGACUAGUUUUAGUUCAAACACACUGUUUUUGUUUUGUGGUUAUGCACACAUACGUUAGUGUUAUAGUGAAUUAUUUUAUAUAACAAAAAGGAAACUAAAGUGAAUAUAGUUAUGUGUAAGUGCUUGUAAAUAAUAUUGUGAUAAAUAAAUCAAU